CCAGCCUUCUCAGCUUGUUUGUGCGAUGGCGUUGGACUGGCCUCGCCUUCCAUCAGAUGUUUUGGUGCCGGGUGCUUUGCACUUCUAUGAUGCUGCUACAGCCUUCCGAGUUGGGGCAACUGAUCGUCAAAUGCGCAAUGCGUUGAAACAGCAACUGAUGGGCAUCAAGAUUAUGUUGCGUCGCAAACGCUUGCAGCCGGAAGUCUUGCUCGCACUGGCACAGUCUUUGAGCCAGCUGGAAGGAUUGAGGGCGCUGGAGGUGGACAUAAGCUUCAGCUCAGUUGGCGAAGAUGGCGCUUAUCAACUGGCUCAGGCGGUUGGCAUUCUUCGCCGGUUGCAAAGCCUCGAGUUGCUUCUUGGAGGCGCUGGACUUGGGCGCACGGGAUGCGAGAAACUUGCCAAGGAGCUGGCGUCCUUGCGGAGCUUGACUCGACUGAAAUUGGACUUGAGCCUCAACGACAUUGGCGACACGGGGUUGCGGGAGUUGUCCAAGUCGAUUCGCGCCGCCUUCCUGCUGAGGGUGUUGGUUCUGGACCUGAACCGCAACCGUAUUGCCGAUGCAGGGGUUGGCUGCCUUGCUCAAGUUGUGCGCGAGUUGCCGGGCCUUUCUGAGCUGCAAGUGUCCCUCUUCGACAACCGCGUCGGUGAGGAUGGAGCCCGACAGCUUGCCGCUGCCGUCAGAGGCCUGCGAAGGCUCUCACGGCUGGCAUUGGGUCUGAACAGAAAUGCGGUUUCGGAAGUUGGGGUCCAGGACAUUGCGCAUGCAGUUGGCUCUCACAGCCUUCGUGCGUUGGAGCUUGACCUGAGCGUCAGCAGCGUUGGCUGGGCAGGAGCUCAUGACUUGGGCAUGGCAAUCUCCUCGCUCCAGGAUCUGCAGAGCCUGACCAUUGACCUGAACGUCAAUCAUGUAGGCUCUGCCGGUGCACGCCUUUUAGCACAGGCGAUUUCUGCACUUCAAGGCCUAGUCAGCCUACGCCUGCUGGCUUCUGGGAACCGGAUCCGGGAAGUUGGUGCCAGAGAGUUGGCACAGGCAUUGGCUGGCUUGCGCCAGCUUGCCAAUCUAGAACUGGAUGUGAGCGGCAAUGGAAUAGGAGACCCUGGUGCCUGUGAAUUGGCUCGUGCCAUGGGUGGCCUUCACGGACUCGGCAGGUUGGUCGCGGACCUUCGAGGGAACUUGGUGGGAGAUCAUGGCGAGCGUGAACUGGCCAGGGCCGUCGGGGAGCUACCACGCUUGGAGCGGCUGGAACUGCGACUGGGUGGAAACUGCAGGUCUUCUGGAGCAGGUCCCCUGCAUCACGAGCUGAAGAAUGCAGUGCAGAAGCUACAGACCGGCGGCUGCAUUUGCGACUUUUCCUAUUGAGAGUCUGCCAAUUAAUACUGUUCGUUGGC